CGGUAUUCCUGGAGAAGUUCCCGACGGGGAACUGCCCUGCAACCCAGCCAGCAGCGGGCAAAGACGCUGUUGCGUUCACGAUGGCCUGUACGGCGGCUGAAAGAAGUGCGCUGCACAAUCUGUCGAAGGGCGAAACAGUCACCAUUAGUCCAACUGAGAAUCCACUGGGCGAGUCCGGCGAGUGUGAGUUCCCAACCUCCAGCCCACCCGCGGCUGAAGCGCGGUCUCUACCACAACAACCUCAGAGCCCACAGACACCAGCCGGCCCACAGGCACCAGCACAAUCAUCGCCGCAGCAACCGCCACCACCUUCAGCCCCCAUCAAAUCUGAGCACGAGGGCAAUCCAUCAGGCGUCAGUCGGUCGGAGCCUAAAGAACCCAUUGCUGCUGCAGGGCUGCCAGGCACCGUGGCGGGUCCCACAGGAAGUCGGGAAUCAUCGGCAGAAGGUCUUCAGAAAACAACGACGCCAUCGCUUGGCACUGCGAGUUCGUCAACACAGACAACAGACAGGGCAGCAGAAGGACCCGGAGGUACACAAACACCUUCAACCCCCCAAGGCCGAUCUGGCACGCCCAGCCCCGCCACUUCCGCCGGCGGCAACGAUGCAACCACCACCACAGCGGCGAUCACCACCCGCAGUCCGAGUGAUGGGAACGACGCGAAAAGCAACGCGGACGGCAGUGCCACCAACAGCAACACCACUCAGAAAGCCGUGGCAAAUGCUGCGGAUCGCAGUGCCACCUCCACUUCUUUUGUGCGUGCACCUCUCAUGCUGCUGCUCACGGCUGCCCUUUCCUGCGCUGCUGCGUAA